GGAUAAACAUCAUUUCACUCAAGCGAGAACUGCGAUGGAGAGAGACUUAUCGUUGAGAGAAGAACAUGUCGUAUGGGAUAAGGCUCUUCUCGAAGACGGUAGAAUUGACACCAACUGAUUCUUGAGCGACUAAAUCCUGCCCUUAAACGGACAGUGAAAAUUUUGAAGGGGGUGACACAUACCAAGAUGCAGGUUUUCACAAAGUUACAAACAGUGUUCGUGAUCUUGUGGCUGGCCGAUCAAUUUUCUAGAAUAGCAUCUCAGACGUGUAGCGGCGAUAACUCUGUUUAUGGCUAUAUGCUGCGUGGAAACAUCUUCAAAACCCUACAGACGGCACUCCCGUUUGAGUGUUCCCAGGCUUGUGAGGGUGACGUCAGAUGUCAAAGCUUUAAUUACGUCAUUUCAAAAAAUACAUGCGAGUUGAAUGAUCGUACGAAGAAAGCCAGACCUGCAGACUUUUUGCCGAGUUCUGAACGAUACUAUUAUGAAAAAUCAAAAAAUAGAGCUGCUCUUGGCUCUAUUCCUGAACUUCCUGCUAAAAACUGUAGGGAAAUCAAGUUGAGUGAAGGAGAGCAAACAGUUAGCGGCAAAUACUGGUAUUAUAAUCCCUGGACGGACACGGCAACAUUCGCCUACUGUGACAUGAAAACGGAAGAUGUUGAUGAGUGUGAAUACGACUUGUACUAUUGUGAGGCCAAUAGCUACUGCAGCAAUACAGUGGGUUCAUAUAUUUGCACAAGUGACCGUGGCCUCGCAUCAUCGAGCAUUCUGAACAACUCACCAAAAUACUACAUUGGCACUCUUUCGUCUUACCUAGACUCAGUCCUGACUAACCUUUCCUCGAGUAGAUUCGUUAGAUGUUAUCACGCCAAGACAGAUGGCUGGGAUUCAACAACAUUCCAUUCGAAAUGUGAUGGAAAGGGACCCACUGUUUCCAUUAUUCAAGUCGGUAACUACACAUUUGGUGGAUAUACCGACGUGUCCUGGCAAAGUUCUUGUGGGUACACAUCAGCUGCCAAAGCCUUCAUUUUCUCUCUUUACAACGCGCAUGGUUAUAAACCUGUUAAACUAGCUCAGUACCAGUAUCAAGGGUAUGCAAUCUACCGCUGCAGUAGCUAUGGACCAACGUUUGGGGGUUAUCAAGGGCGACAUGACAUCCAGCUACGAAAUAACGCUGGAAACAUUCAAAAUUCCUUCACCACAUGCGGGUCUACUUACGCCGUCCCUACUGGUUACACUGCGUUCGCCAAGUGCGUAUUCUUUUCAGGGAGUGAACUAUUUACCCCGACUGAUCUGGAGGUAUUCUACGAGAUAACAUCUUAGUUGCAAGAUUAUUAAGAGGAUAUGAUUAGGAAAAAAGGUAAAGAAGCAGUGUUGAUAAAAACUCUGUAAAUAGCCUUCAUAAAACCCAAUAUAAUUGGAGCUAUUAUAACAACAAUUCUCUGUCAGAGCUUUGGAGACCUGUUUCGCCACUAUUCUUUGGGUAUAUUAACGAGAGAUAUAAUUUAAGCCAAGCCAAAAAGGCGGAGCUCGCGAUGUAGUAACUCACUUGUCUUAUCAAUGAAAUUACUGAGCCCCAACGGAAUGUUAGAAUUAGGGACGCGCACUUCCUGUA